AUGAGACUAUCUAUAAAGCUUCUCCCGGUUCUGUUGGCCCCCAUGGCUGCAGAAGCCUUUGUAGCAAACCCAGAGGCAAAUUAUCGCCGAAGUGGACUCGUAAAUCACAACAAUAAUUGCAUUCCCACCACCACGAGGCUCGCCUCAUCGAACGACGAAGCACUUGCAGACAAUGACUGUGGAUGUGGACCAACUACCUUUGCUGGGAAUCCAAGUGAAGCUGCAAAGUCAAUGAACUCAAGAAAAGUAAUGGACAAAAGUCCUGUAUACAAAUUGAAUGGAGAGAAAACAACUAUCCUCCAGUAUGGCAGACGGAGGACGGAGCUCUUGGCUGCAGGUGUCAACCUUGUUAUUGUCUCCAUUGGCAAGCCAGAAGUCGGAAAGGAUCUGGUCAAACACUUGGGCAUUCCCGAUGGUGAAGAUUUGCUUUUUGUGGAUCCCUCCAACGAAGCCUAUGACAAUCUUGAUUUGAACCGAGGAGUGGGUGCUACCUUCUUCAACCCUGCGACACCUCUGGCAUUUGGACGCCGGGUUUUGGCAGGCAAGUCGAUGCUUUCGGAGGAGCUCUCAGAAGUCUUAUCGAAAUGGAAGGAUGCCUUUUACAUCCCACCCAAGCAAGAACAAGCAUUCUAUCAGGGUGGAACCUUUUUGUUCUCCGGUGACCAAACUGUGUAUGCCCAUUACGAUGAAGCAACGGCGGCCCAUGCUGUUCCAGAUGAAAUGAUUGAAAUGGCAGUGAAGACUGCAGGGGCAUAA